GCAGCCCUGAACUGAAUUUUAAAGUAAAGAACGUCACCAGUAAUCUGCAAUCUGCCAGCCGAUGCUUGCCCCUCUCCCGUUCGCACAAAGCCCCGCAGCUUAGACGAAAAUACGAAAAUACCUUAACCUACCUCUCAGUUAGACCUCAUUUACUCCCACUUUCUUACUUCACUUCAUUACUACCUACCUAGGUAUACAUUAGACACCAACCUAAUUCAUUUUUAACGCCUUUAAGCCAGCGCGAUAUACCAGGUAGUCAAUAUGUCUGACGAAAAGGAGAUUGACUACUCGCUGGCGAAUCCAGACACCCUCACCAAGUAUAGGGUUGCCGCUACCAUCUCCGAGAAGGUCCUCGCCGCAGUUUCUAAGCUAUGCGUUGCCGGAGAGAAGAUCGUCUCAAUUUGCCAACAGGGAGACAAGCUCAUCGAAGAUGAAGUCUCCAAGGUUUACCGCACUACCAAGCUUAAGGGUUUUUCUCACCCCACAACUGUUUCGCCCUCUUCGUACGUGACACCCUACACGCCCUUGUCAUCCGACAACGCGGAAGCGAACAUCGAGCUUCAGGCUGGUGAAGCUGUCAAAAUCCAACUCGGUGCUCAGAUAGAUGGGUUUGGUUCCAUUGUUUGUGACACGAUCAUUGUUCAACCUAAGGACCAAGCAGAGGAUGCCAUUACUGGUCGCACCGCCGACUUGCUACUCGCAACGUACUACGCCAACGAGCUUCUUAUCAGACUCAUGAUCCCUCCUGGACUACUAGCGAGCGGGAGCGAUGAGGAGAAAGCGAAGGCUGCCGCAGCCAAGCCCCCAACCCAGUCCAAGAUUACCUCCCUUCUAGAUAAGGUUGCCAAAAGCUACGAGUGCAAUGUGGUAGAGAGCACAACCUCGUGGCUUUUUGACCGCAAUGAGAUUGAAGGCAAGAAGAAGAUCGUUCUCGCCCCCGCAGAAUCCACCAAGGGAGAGGGCUCGCCCGAGAUUGGCGAAGUAUGGGGUGUAGAGAUGGGUAUAAGUCUGGGUUCUGGCAAAUGCAAGCAAAUCGACCAGCGAGCCACUUUACUCCGCCGAACGAAUAACACGUACAUCUUGAAGUCGCAAACGGCACGUAAAACCCUUUCAACUAUCCAAACCAAAUUUGGCCAUUUCCCCUUUAGCUUGAGACAGCUUGAAGAGGAGGGCGGCGACACCAAAUACAAAGUCGGCGUGCUUGAAGGUACCCGUCAGGGCGUGAUUCGACAAUAUGAUCUAGUCGGCGACAAAGACGGCUCUCCCGUAGCGAGGCUAUUAACUACACUCGCUAUUACGAAGAACGGCAUUUCGAAACUCGGAGCCCCACCUGCGUUGGAUUUAAGCAAGGUCCAGUCAGACAAGAAGAUUACUGAUGAGGAAGUACUGAAAAUAUUAGAACAACCUCUUAGCAAAAAUAAGGGAAAGAGCAAGAACAAGAAGAAGAAGAAGCCCGCCAAGAAGGCUGCCGGAGGAGAUGCUGAAGGCGAGGACGAGAGCGACGAGGAGUAGGGUCAUCAAAUACUCUUGCCACUCCAAUUCAUUCAACGACACGCAUUCUGCAAGUCUGCACUCACUGCCUUGGUCACGGCUACCGCAGCAUAGGGUCGACGAAUGGCGUGGGCUCUAGAUUUCCACGUUCAUCGACAGAUAUGGCUUUGCGUGUCUCUAAGGUCCAGCAUUUUGACGGAUGGUUCUUCUUCAAUUUUACACGAGAGCUAGGUGCUGAAAAACGCACAAUGGACCUCAUGAAUUGAGGGGAAAUGGAUUACUACAGUCUCGGCUUCUAUGUGCUAUUAGUUCCCAUAGAAGGAAAAAAAAUAAAAGAAAGAAAAAAAGGUUGAACCGAGAUGAAGCAAGAUGAACACAGUUAUAAAAUCCCGUAUGCGGAAGCAAACAAUUCCACAGUGAACAAGUACAGUGUUGAAGCUUUAUACAUUGAUGCCACGCUGAC